AUGACAACUCGUCCCGAACUAUUUACUCAGCGAAUAAUUUUGUCAAAUGGAGCUACUUACACAAUGCGUACAACCUCUCCAAAAGCUUUAAUUAAAUUAAUUAAAGAUACUCGCAAUCAUCCACUUUGGAACCCUACGACACAAUAUGAUUCUUUGGAUGAUGAAAGUGGUCAAUUGUCGAAAUUUACUAAAAAAUUCGGAAAUGAAGAAUACGAUUUGGAUUA